UACCCGACACCAAGUAAGUACAAAUCAUAUCCUUUAUUUCAUCCACGUUUUUGUAUUCGUUGUGUGCCCCCUCCAUCUGAUUUUAACAUUUCCAAGUCCAAAAUUCCAAUGUAUAAAACUGGCGCUUCUGAAUGUCUUUAGCCUUCAACAGAGGAAAUCAUCGCUAAAUUGGGUAGCUAGUCUUUAAACUACCUUUGACCUUCUAUUCAUUUCUAUCCAACAAUGAAGAAGAUAAGCAGGACAGCUUUAAGCACAGUUGCCCUACUAAUUGCAGCGCUGGUGACAAUCACAAAUGCAGCAGAACAUGUAUUUCCCAAAGAGGCCCUGCCAACGGCAUCGGGGUACCUGCGCAUCAAAGAGAAGCCCGGUGCCCUAAUGUUCUAUACAUACUACGAAGCAAUCGAACCGGCACUCCAACUUUCGGAGAGGCCGAUCGUGUUGUGGCUUCAGGGGGGCCCCGGCUGCUCCGGUCUGCUUGGCAAUCUGUACGAAUUAGGCCCCUGGAGAGUCGCUCAAGAUCUCCGCCUGCACAAAAAUUCGGCCCCAUGGAACCGUAUUUUUGGCCUUCUCUUUCUCGACAAUCCCAUCGGAAGUGGCUUCAGCGUUGCCCCCACCGACCAAGAUAUUCCCAGCAAUCAGGAAGAAAUUGCCAAGGAUUUGUACAGCGCACUACAAGCAUUCUAUCAUCUCAAUCCUCUGUUCAAAUCCCGGCCGUUUUUCGUGACGGGCGAAAGCUACGCAGGGAAAUACGUGCCCUCGCUGGCGUAUUACAUGCUACAGAAGGUGGAGAAGGGGGGAUCCUUACGAAUCGACGGCGCGGCGAUCGGCAAUGGCUUGACACACCCUGUCGUCCAGGUACAGUCACAUGCGAGCGUGGCCUACGCCGUGGGGCUGAUCGACUACCAACAGAAGCUUUACCUCGAAAGCUUGCAGCAAGAGGCCGUCACACUGACCACUCAGCACAAAUGGAACGACGCCCGCAUCGCAAGAAACCGUGCCCUUCGUUGGCUGGGAAACACAACAGCCCUUGCAUCCCUUUACGACAUCAGGCGGACGAUUCCUUAUAACUCUUUCGAUAACGGCACUGACUACCUUGGCCUCUUCGUUAACCAGCGCGCUGUAAAAGAGGCCCUCAACGCUAAUCCCAACGUUACCUGGGUCGAUUGCAGUGACGCCGUGGAUGUGAGGAUGCGAGAGGACAUUAUGAAGAGCACUAAAUGUAUGGUGGAAAGCAUUCUCUUGAAGAUACCAGUUUUGUUGUAUCAGGGGCAGUUCGAUCUCAGGGAUGGCGUUGUAUCCACUGAAGACUGGAUGCGCACUCUGUUAUGGAAUGACUUGGCCGACUUUUGGCGGGCGGAGAGAAAAGUAUGGCGAGUGUCAAACGUGCAGGCUGGAUAUGUGCGCUCUUAUUCAAAUCUCACGCAUGUUGUUGUGGCCAGAGCAGGGCAUUUUGUGCCUACCGAUCAAAAUCUCCAUUCUCAGGCGAUGAUUGAGUCGUGGGUAGCUAAAUCUCUUGCUACUUCAGCGGUAAAUUGACAGCCGAAUUUCUUUUCCUUUGUAUCCACUCCUUUUUAAUGAAAUUGAGACUUUAAUAACGUUUACUAUAUCAAACAAAGGGUUGCGGAGCAGCUCUUGUCCUGCAAAAAGUAGAGGAUAAUUUCUGUGAUUUAGUUAAUGUUUUGAUCAAACAAAUAUAAAAAGAAAAUUAUAAGCAAAA